AUGCAAAGCUCUCUCUUAUGCAAAAGAGGUGGCAUACGAGCUCCUCCAUUUCUCAAGGUCUAUAACGACGGCACUGUCGAACGAUUCCUUGACUCUCCCGUCAUUCCGCCAUCCCUUUCUGACCCGGCCACCGAAGUCUCCUCCAGAGACGUCGCCAUCUCUCCAAAGUCUCUGCGCGCCUCUACCUGCCCGCAGGCGCUGGUGCCGACGGCCGGAAACUCCCCAUCCUUGUCUAAUUUCACGGCGGUGGUCUGCAUUGAGUCCACCUUCUCCUUCCUGUCCCACCGCUACCUCACUGCCUCGUCUCCAUUUCCAACGUCCUGGCUAUCUCCGUGGAGUACUGCCUUGCCCCCGAGCACCCCCUCCCCGCCGCCUAUGCAGACUCCUGGACCGCCCUCAGAGGCAAUCGGGUCGGAGCCUCAGGUCGGGCUCGAGAAGAACCUGUUGGAGCGGACAUGGAAGCUGGUGUUUCCGGGAGCUUUGGAGGGGUUGGAUAACCCAAUGAUCAACCCAUUCGCUGUCGGGGCACCGAAAUUGUCGGGGAUUCGGUGUUCUCGGAUUUUGGUCUGUGUCGCGGGUAAAGAUAAGCUUAGAGAUAGAGGGAUAAGGUAUUACGAAGCGGUUAAAGAAAGCGGGUGGAAGGGAAAUUUGGAGCUUUACGAAGAAAGUGAAGAGGGUCAUUGCUUCUACGUUCUCAACCCUGAGAAUGGGAGAGCGCAGAAGAUGAAGCGUUUGGCUUCUUUUUUAAUUUAG